AUGAGCAAACGAAACAGACAAGAUUUCGAAAAGCUAAAAACUUCGGAGGAACUGCUACUCGUGAUCAAUCAUAAUAAUAAUAACAUGGAGGAGAAGGCAAAAAAGAAAAAACUAGUGUCGCUCCAACGAGAAGAAAUAUUUUCCGAUGAUAUUUGUUUUGAAAUAAUUUCCAUGAUUGAUGAUUCGUGGUUUAUUUUGAAUAAUUGUUCCUUGAUUUCAAAACAAUUCUUUAAUGUGAUCAAGGAACGUUCAAAACUUUUUAUUAAAUUUAAAAAGAAAUUUACAGAGAAAAGAAUUGAAUUAUUCACGAAAAGUCAAUUUAUGAAUAGUAUUGUUAAUGUUAAAUUUUCUAAAAGGUUGUUUGACUCUAUAGAAAAACCCACAUUCAUAACUGAAAUGAAACAAUUAACAUCACUUGAUAUUAGUAACAAUCGAAUUGGUGAUGAAGGAGUCAAAUUUAUAAGUGAAAUGAAACAGUUAAUAUCACUUGGUAUUUAUAACAAUGGAAUUGGUGAUGAAGGAGUCAAAUCAAUAAUUGAAAUGAAACGAUUAACAUCACUUGGUAUUGGUGGAAAUCAAAUUGGUGAUGAAGGAGCCAAGUCAAUAAGCGAAAUGAAACAAUUAACAUCACUUGAUAUUAAUAACAAUCAAACUGGUGAUGAAGGAGUCAAAUUUAUAUGUGAAAUGAAACAAUUAACAUCACUUACUAUUUAUAACAAUCGAAUUGGUGAUGAAGGAGCCAAAUCAAUAAGUGAAAUGAAACAAUUAACAUCACUUAAUAUUUCUGAAAAUCGAAUUGGUGACGAAGGAGCCAUAUUUAUAAGUGAACUGAAACAAUUAACAUCACUUGAUAUAUGUUACAAUCGAAUUGGUGAUAAAGAAGCCAAAUUUAUAUGUGAAAUGAAACAAUUAAAAUCACUUGAUAUUGGCGGAAAUCAAAUUGGUGAUGAAGGAGUCAAGUUCAUAAGUGAAAUGACACGAUUAACAUCACUUGAUAUAUUUAAAAAGAAUUGGUGA